UUUGGGAGCCACUUUUCUGGAAGGUGGGAACCUCAGGUAUGCACAAUGGGGUGGCCCCUUGGUCAGGAGCGGAGUUGGCAGACAGCUGUGAAGUAAUUGACAUUCUUGGGGUGUUUGCUGUCUUACCUGAUCCAGGACCUUAAGUAUUGAAAAGGCUGUAGGCUUCAGGCUGGUUCUAGCUAAGAGAAGUCCUUUAUGGCUUCAAGAUGUCACUUGUGAAAUGAGGGGGCUGGAUGCAGUUCAGUGUUCAGUCCCUGUGUAGAGUGGGCACGAGCCCAUUUGAGUUUCCACCUGCUCUGCCUCCCAGAUGGCUCCUCAGUGGCCAGGGAGCAGACAGGCAUUUUCCAAACUAGACUUCCUCUGCGUGGCCGUGACGUUAGCCUGGCCCCGCCUGUUCUGGGGUGGUGACGCGGGGCGGCCACGCCCCCGCGCUUACGUCACCGGCCCGGUUCCCUCUCCCGGGAGCGGCGGCGGACGCGCGGCUCCCACCCCCUCCCCUCUCACGGGCUGUCCCCUCCCUGGUGUCGGCCGCGGCCCGACCCUGCAAGGCGAUGGCCCGGGCCCCGAGCGUGGGUUAGCGUGUCUGGGUGCCCGGCCAUGGGCUGUAUCGGCUCUCGGAGCCCCGCGGGUCAGGGGCGGUCCCGUGGUCUCACCGCCGUGUUCCUGCUGCUGAGGGUGGCGGGAGACGCACAGCCUUGGGAGGGGCUAGUCAAACUGAUGCCGUCCCCCUCCCCCCCAAACCCAUGCAUUUCUGGGGACCACCAGCUGGCUGAGGCUCAGGGACAGAGACGGCCGCUCCAGCUAAAGGUGAAUGUUGGAGACACAGUCGCGAUGCUGCCCAAGUCCCGGAGAGCCCUCACGAUCCAGGAGAUUGCUGCGCUGGCCAGAUCUUCUCUGCAUGGCAUUUCCCAGGUGGUGAAGGAUCACGUGACUAAGCCUACCGCCAUGGCCCAGGGCCGAGUGGCUCACCUCAUUGAGUGGAAGGGCUGGAGCAAGCCAAAUGACUCACCUGCUGCGCUGGAAUCGGCCUUUUCCUCUUACUCGGACCUCAGCGAGGGUGAACAAGAGGCUCGCUUCGCAGCAGGAGUGGCUGAGCAAUUUGCCAUCGCAGAAGCCAAGCUCCGGGCAUGGUCUUCGGUGGAUGGCGAGGACUCCACUGAUGACUCCUAUGAUGAGGAUUUUGCUGGGGGAACUGACACAGACUUGGCUGGGCAGCUGCCCUUUGGACCCCACCUCCAGGACCUCUUCACUGGCCGCCGAUUCUCCCGGCCCGUGCGUCAGGGCUCUGUGGAGCCCGAGAGCGACUGCUCGCAGACCGUGUCCCCGGACACGCUGUGCUCUAGUCUGUGCAGCCUAGAGGACGGCUUGCUGGGCUCCCCGGCCCGGCUGGCCUCCCAGCUGCUGGGCGACGAGCUACUCCUUGCCAAACUGCCCCCCAGCCGGGAAAGUGCCUUCCGCAGCCUGGGCCCGUUGGAGGCCCAGGACUCGCUCUACAACUCGCCCCUCACGGAGUCCUGCCUUUCUCCCGCCGAGGAGGAGCCAGACCCCUACAAGGACUGCCAGCCGCUCUGCCCCCCGCCGGCGGGCAGCUGGGAACGGCAGCGGCAAGCCUCUGAUGUGGCCUCCUCCGGGGUGGUGUCCUUAGACGAGGAUGAGGCAGAGCCGGAGGAACAGUGACCCGAAUCGCACCGGGUGGUGGCCCGGGGCCCCUGGCCACUGCUAGGGGCAGAGCCUCCAUGUCCAGCUGUGGGCUCGGGGCUCUCAGCGGCUCUGCAGCCCAGAGAGCUCCCGGGAGCACUCACUUCUCCGUUGUGUGUUUUGCAUGAAAGUGUUUGGAGAGGCGGCAAGGGCCAGGCUGGGGGCGCAUGUCCUGCCCCCACUCCUGGGGUUUGCCGGGGGUUGCCCGGGGCCCCUGGGGCAUGGCUACAGCUGUGGCACACAGUGAUGUACAUGUCCUUAAGUCAAAAACGCCACACACACAUUUCCUCCUCGGAUGAUGUGAACCCCUAAGGGGCUUAUUGUGACUGGGCUGUGUGGGGGUGGAGUGGGAGGGAGCCUGGCCACCUCCGCCACUGUCCCUGUGCCUCUCUCUUCUCUGCUUCUCACCUCCGAGUCCAUGUGCAGUGCUUGAUAGAAUCACCCCACCCCGGGGGACUGGCUCCUGCCCUGCCAGAGCAGGGAGCAGGGACUGAGCCGUCCCCCAGGGCCCCUCGCCCAGCUGGGCUCCUGCCGUGCUUCCCCCUCCAUCGGCUCUAAAUCGUUUUUCCCAGAAGACAGGGUUCUGGGUCUGUUCUUUCCGUGGGAUCUUCUCGGGGAGGCGUUGGAUGAGGAACAAAUGCAUGUGUCCUCCGCCCUUCUCCUGGCUUCCCCCGGUGGGCCUGGGCCCUCUCCCAGUUGCUCCUGGGAUGUGCGAGCACGGCUUGCAGCAGUGUUAUCUACAGGGUGGAGCUGGAGGCAGGGAUGGCUCUGGUUGAUGCAGAGCUGUGGCUUCCGUGUCCUUCCAGGGAGGGCCACAAGGAGGCCUCAGGGGUGGCCAGGCCAUCAUUGGCAGAUGACCGCGGGGCUGGAAUUGUGCCAGCUGAGUGACUCUCCUUGGGGAGGGAAGGGGGUAGUGCCUUCCUUGGCUUUGGCAAAGGCCAAAGCUAUGGUCUUGGGGGCUCCCUCCCCAGCCAAGGUGUUUAUGACCAAGCAGUGGCAGAUUUGGCAUUCCAAGGACACCGGACUCUGGAUUCUUAUGGCUAUGGGGAGGGGGCCAGCUGCAGAAUGAGGAGCCUUGUAGACACUGGCAGGUAAGAGGGCCCAUGGUAAGAACAAGAGCCAGCGGGCACAAGCAUUCUAUAUAUAAGUGGCUCAUUAGGUGUUUAUUUUGUUCUAUUUAAGAAUUUGUUUUAUUAAAUUAAUAUAAAAAUCUUUGUAAAUCUCUA